UUGUUCCUGAGAUACAUCAACCCAGCUAUAGUUUCUCCCCAGGAGAUGGGUAUAGUGUCCCGCCCCAUCCCAUCUCACAUUAAACGCGGCCUCAUGCUAAUGUCCAAGAUCCUUCAAAACAUCGCCAACCACGUGGAAUUCUCAAAGGAACAACACAUGCUGCCCUUCAACGACUUCCUCAGAGAACAUUUUGAAGCCGGCAGAAAAUUCUUCAUAGAGAUAGCGUCGGACUGCGAAACCGUAGACCAAACGGCCCACAACCUGUCCUUCAUCAGCGACGCAAACGUGUUAGCUUUACACCGACUUCUGUGGAACCAUCAGGAGAAAAUUGGAGACUAUCUGUCUUGUUCACGGGACCAUAAGGCUGUGGGCAGAAGACCCUUCGAUAAGAUGGCAACGCUUCUCGCUUACUUGGGCCCGCCCGAACAUAAGCCUGUGGAAUCUACAUCCGGGCUGCUGUUCUCGUCGUACGCCCGCUGGUCGUCCAUAGACAUGUCGUCGACCAACUUCGAGGAGUUCAUCGUGAAGCACAACAUGCACCAGAAGGAGGAGUUCAAGAGCAUCAAGAGUCUGAACAUCUUCUACCAGGCGGGGACCAGCAAGCUGGGGAACCCGGUGUUCUACUUCAUAUCGAGGAGAUACAAGAUAGGUGAGGUGAAUGCGGAUCUUCUGAUCUACCACGUCAUCCUCACGUUGAAACCUUUCUGCCAGCAACCCUUCGAGCUGAUAGUUGACUUCACACAUACUAACUCAGACAAUCGCUUCAGGACGGAUUUCCUUCAGAAGUGGUUCACGGUUCUGCCCGAGGUUGCCUACAACAGUGUCCACGCGUGCUACAUAUAUAACUGUAACGGCUGGGUCCGCGAGUACACCAAGUUCCACGAACUCAUACUGGCGCCGCUCAGGGGUAACAGGAAAAUAAUCUUCAUAGACAACCACAGUAGAUUGAGCGACUACGUUGAUCCUGAACAACAGAAGCUGCCCGGAGCAACGCUGGCUUUAGAAGAAGACCUCAAAGUCUUCAACAACGCUUUGAAGCUCUCACAUAAAGACACAAAAGUUUCCAUCAAGGUUGGCCCCACCGCUCUACAGAUCACGUCAACUGAGAAGACCAAGGUUCUUGGUCUGCCUGUCAUGUUGAAUGAUGUGUAUUACGCGUCAGAAGUUGAUGAGGUAUGUCUUGUGGAUGACAACCAAUUCUCUCUGUCAAUCAUCAACGAGGCGACUCCUCUCAGCUUCAUACACAACGACUGUGACAACAUAGUGCAGGCGAUCAUACACAUACGGAACAGAUGGGAACUGAGCCAGCCGGAUUCGGUCACAGUUCAUCAGAAAAUUCGCCCCAAGGACGUUCCCGGCACCCUCCUCAAUAUGGCGCUACUCAACCUUGGUUCGUGUGACCCCACGCUACGAACGGCCGCUUACAAUCAGUUAUGUGCACUGACGGCCACCUUCCAUCUGAAGAUUGAGGGACAGCUAUUGGAGACCUCUGGUCUCUGCAUACCUUCAAAUAACACAAUUUUCAUCAAGUCUGUAAGCGAGAAGUUAGCCCACAACGAACCUCAUUUGACGCUGGAGUUUCUUGAAGAAUGUAUACAGGGCUUCGGUAAAUCCACAAUAGAGUUGAAGCAUUUGUGUCUUGAAUACAUGACGCCUUGGUUGGCUAAUUUAGUAAGAUUCUGUAAGCCAUCAGAUGAAUCUCGUCGGCAGAAGCAAGUGGCUGGUAUAUUAGAGAAGUUAGUUACCCUCACUAUAGAAGAAACUCAGAUGUACCCUUCAGUGCAGGCCAAGAUUUGGGGCUCCAUAGGGCAGGUCCCGGAACUCAUUGAUAUGGUGCUAGACAGCUUCCUACAGAGAAGUGUUAAAUCUGGUCUUGGUUCACCUAUGAUCGAGAUAAUGGCGGACACAGCUGUAGCACUCGCCUCAGCCAACGUACAGCUUGUGUCACGAAAGGUCAUCGGUAGGAUGUGUCGGGCCCUUUCGAAACUCCCAAAUAACGCGCUGGGCCCAGUAACGCCGGCUACCGUUGUCGAUAAGACAUGUCACUCACCUACAGCGAUGCUAGAGCAGCAUAUGAUGUGGGCUGACAUAGCAAUCCUCGCCAGAUAUUUGCUGAUGCUCUCGUUCAACAACUGCCUGGACGUGAUCCGCCACCUGCCGUACUUGUUCCACACGGUCUCGUUCCUGGUGUACUCGGGCUCGGUGUCCAUGAGGGCCGCGACUCACGGACUAGUCAUCAACAUCAUACACUCGCUAUGCACGUGCAACUCGCCGAGCUUCUCCGAGGAUACCCAGCGCGUGUUGAUGCUCUCGUUGGAUGAGUUCGCGCUGCCCAAGUUCUACCAGAUGUUCGGCAUCUCCAAGGUGAAGUCUGCGGCUGUCACGGCUUUUAGGAGCCCCCACAGACAUAUAGGAGACUGGUAUUCUGAACAUUCAUAUUCUGAGUGCACGGUGUCUUCGGGCUGCGCGUCGGGCCCGCAGUCCGAUCGGGAGCGUUUGCCCCUACAAUCAUUGGAGACAAUCGCCGACGCCCUAUUAGAGAUUAUGGAGGCUUGUAUGAGAGAUAUACCCGACUGUGACUGGCUCGAUACAUGGACGUCACUCGCUAAGAGUUUUGCAUUCUGCUUCAACCCUGCGUUGCAACCUCGAGCACUCAUUGUAUUCGGUUGUAUUAGUAAAAACGUGACAGACGAUGACAUGAAGCAGUUACUGAGGAUAUUAGUGAAGGCUUUAGAGGUAUUCAACGACCUCGCGUUAUUGGAGGCUCUCAUCAUGUGUCUGACCAGGCUACAGCCGUUGCUACAUCCGGAGUCACCAAUCCACGCAGCUUUAUUCUGGGUGUCACUGUCAGUACUACAAUUAGACGAGACCGCGCUAUAUGCAGCAGGGCUGGCACUAAUGGAACAAAACCUACACACACUUGACUCACAGGGAGCGUUUGAUAAUAAGACUUUGGAGCAAGUUAUGAUGGAAACGAGAGAGCCUCUGGAGUGGCAUUUCAAACAAUUGGACCACGCUGUUGGACUCAGUUUCCGUUCUAACUUCCACUUCGCUCUAGUGGGUCAUCUUCUGAAGGGUUUCCGUCACCCAGCACCUGGAACUGUUUCCAGGACUUGCAGAGUUCUCACAGCUUUACUAGCGCUGGCAGCUAGACCUAACAGGGAUAAGUUUCAACUGACGCAUCGUACUGUCGCCUACCUUACAGCUCUAGUAUGCGUGUCUGAAGAGGUUCGUUCUCGUUGUCACGUCAAACACUCUCUACCCAAGUGGCUUCCUGACAAUUGUGAUCAUUAUUGUCCUUCAACGGAUCAUCAUCAGUCAUCUAUGCUGAUACAACCAACGACUCACUCCUAUAGACGGAAAACAGAAGAACACAGCACUGGUAAAUCUCCUCACUCGAGCGGCAGUCACAGUCCCCACCUACCAUCUAUAGCCAAUCAGGAUGGUGAAGGUCGAGCUCAUAGUGUUCAACACGGCUCCGCAGAAAGAGAUCUCACUGACGCGGACAGCGGGCUCGAUGUGGCGGAGACCGAGGGGCGAAGCACCCCUGCAGAUGAUGCGGAGCGCCCGGCGUCCGCUCGAUCCGGAGACUGUGACUAUUCAGAACAUUCCUCUAAGUCGGAUAAGGAUAUAUCCCGCAAUUCACUCCUGGAUCCAUCGGUUUUGAGUGACUUCACGACACAAGCUUUGGUGCUGACUGUACUCGCUACACUUGUCAAAUAUACCACAGACGAGGAUGAGAUCAGGAUUCUGUAUCAGUACCUCGCAGAAGGCUCCGUAGUGUUCCCGAAAGUAUUCCCCGUCAUUCACAGUCUCUUGGACAUGAAAAUCAACCACGUAUUGAUGCAUUGUCACGACCAAGUCAUACUCAGCGCUGUACAGAGUAUAAUACAGAACAUGAUAGCAUCAGAAGACGCUAGCCAACAACAGCUACACUAUAUGCAGUCCUGCGGUUUUGGUGGCCUUUGGAGAUUUGCUGGACCGUUCACUAAGAAUCAAUGUACAGCGGAGAACAGUGAGCUGUUCGUGUAUUGUCUUGAGGCUAUGGUGGAGACCUGCCUCCCGGGAGAAGUCCGGGAUAGGCCUCCGCCCCCCGACCCGGACCCCGCGCCGAGACACAGGAACGUACAGUAG